UGUGUGUGUCUCUCUCUCUGCUGAAUCCUGAUCAGUUUACUUGAUCGAAGAUGUCUACCGUAAGGUUAGAUCCUCUUCUUCUUCAAUGUCUCAGGAUUCGUUCCAGAUCAAAGCAAACCAAGCUAUCCUAUUUGAAUUACUCUCCUCCAAAGCUAGCAUUCAAUGGCGGAAGCUUCUACAACUUCAAGCCACGCACUGUUCCUGUGCUCAGGGCUAGUUCUACUACUGAUACUGCUACCUUGGAAAUUUCUGAAGCGUCCGAGGUCACGUUUCAGAAGAGUUUCACGUUGAGACGAACUCAAACGGUGGAAGGGAAAGUUUCUGUGAAGUUGGAACAAGGGAAAGAUGAAGAGAAUUGGCGGCUUACGGUAGGAUGCAAUCUUCCAGGGAAAUGGGUUUUGCAUUGGGGUGUAAAUUAUAUUGAUGAAGUCGGCAGCAGUGAGUGGGAUCAACCGCCACCUGAAAUGAGGCCCCCUGGUUCUGUUCCCAUGAAGGAUUACGCAAUAGAGACACCUUUGAAGAACUUGUUAUCAACUUCUGAGGGAAAGACAUUCCACGAAUUGCAGAUCAAUUUUAACACCCGCAGUUCAAUUGCGACUAUAAAUUUUGUCCUAAAGGACAAGGAAACUGGAGCUUGGUGUCAGCACAAAGGGAGAGAUUUCAAAGUGCCCCUCAUGGACUACCUUCAUAAAGAUAGCAAUCUUAUAGGGAACAAAAAAGGCUUUAGCAUAUGGUCAGGAGCUCUUGGCCAAUUGUCGGCAAUGCUUCUCAAACCAGAAAAAUCUCAACCUAAAGAUCAAGAUGACAACAGUGAACCAAUGGAUACGAAGCAGAAAAAUAGGAAUCUUGAAGGAUUCUGUGAAGAACAUUCUAUUUUAAAAGAAGUUCGUGUUGAAAAUUAUAUGACUGUUUCUGUUGCAAAAAGCCCAGAGAAGGAUAAGAAUGUUGUUCGUUUAGAAACUGAUCUACCUGGAGAUGUAGUUGUUCACUGGGGAGUGUGCACAGAUAAUGAUAGAAGGUGGGAAAUUCCAGCGGGCCCUCAUCCACCAGGAACCAAAAUCUAUAAGAAAAUGGCUUUGCAGACUUUGUUACAGCCUAAAGAAGAUGGUUAUGGAAGUUGGGGACUAUUCUAUUUAGAUAAGAAGCUUAUGGGUUUUCUUUUUGUGCUUAAUCUAAAUGACAAGACAUGGCUGAACUAUACGGGUAGUGAUUUCUAUAUUCCACUUUCAAAUGCUAGUAGCUUUGCCAAGAAUGAUUCCUCCAUUCAUGAAGGAGCUGGAUCAAGUUCUGUUGGUGUAUCUGGGAAAACUAAAGAGGCAAGUACCACGGCUUCUGAUGCUGCCGACCCUGAUGGAAUUAUCAACGAAAUAAGGAAUUUGGUGAGUGACAUCUCAUCUGAAAAGAGUCGUAAAACAAAAUCCAAAGAAUGGCAUGAAUACAUCCUUCAAGAAAUUGAAAAGUUGGCGGCAGAAGCCUAUAGCAUCUUUAGAGGCUCCAGUCCGGCAUUUGUGGAGGAGUCUACUGCAGAAACUGAGACACUUAAAUCCCCAGCAGAAGCACUUAAACCCCCAGCAAAAGUGUGCUCAGGGACAGGUUCAGGAUAUGAAAUACUUUGCCAGGGAUUUAACUGGGAAUCUCAUAAAUCUAGAAGAUGGUACGUGGAACUUAAAGAAAAAGUAAAUGAAUUAGCUUCACUUGGUUUCACUGUAAUAUGGUUACCACCGCCUACAGAAUCUGUAUCACCUGAGGGUUACAUGCCAAAGGAUCUUUAUAAUUUAAAUUCCAGAUAUGGAAAUAUGGAAGAACUAAAGAUUCUUGUGAAGAGUUUCCAUGAAGUUGGCAUUAAAGUUCUGGGAGAUGUUGUCUUGAAUCAUCGCUGUGCUCAAUAUCAGAAUAAAAAUGGUGUUUGGAAUAUUUUUGGUGGAAAAUUAAAUUGGGAUGACCGUGCAGUCGUUGCAGAUGAUCCACAUUUCCAGGGCAGGGGCAAUAAAAGUAGUGGGGAUAACUUCCAUGCUGCUCCAAAUAUUGAUCAUUCACAAGAUUUUGUGAGGGAAGAUCUGAAAGGGUGGCUCUGUUGGCUAAGGAAAGAGAUUGGGUAUGACGGGUGGAGGCUUGAUUUUGUUCGAGGAUUCUGGGGUGGUUACGUAAAGGAUUACUUGGAAGCGAGUGGACCCUACUUUGCAGUCGGUGAAUACUGGGAUUCUCUCAGUUAUAAGUAUGGUGAAUUGGCUCACAAUCAAGAUGCACACCGGCAGAGGAUUAUUGAUUGGAUUAAUGCUACCAAUGGGACAGCUGGGGCAUUUGACGUCACUACAAAAGGCAUCCUUCAUGAUGCCAUAGGGAGAUGUCAAUAUUGGCGAUUAUCAGAUCAGAAGGGAAAACCUCCUGGUGUUGUCGGGUGGUGGCCAUCACGUGCUGUUACCUUUAUAGAGAACCAUGAUACAGGCUCAACUCAGGGUCAUUGGAGAUUCCCUGGUGGGAAGGAAAUGCAGGGAUAUGCCUACAUCCUGACACACCCCGGAACACCAGCUGUCUUUUACGAUCACAUUUUCUCUCAUUACUGGUCUGAAAUUUCUGCGCUUUUAUCUCUCCGACAUCGAAUGAACGUUCAUUGUCGCAGUACGGUUCAGAUAGCCAAGGCAGAAAAUGAUGUGUAUGCUGCCAUCAUUGAUGAGAAAUUAGCGAUGAAGAUUGGACCUGGGCAUUAUGAGCCUCCUAGUGGUCCCCAGAGAUGGUCUUUGGCUCUUCAGGGGAAUGAUUAUAAGGUUUGGGAGUCAUUAUGAAGGUAAAAUGGCACUGUUUGUUUGCCUAGUUUCAUAAUCUCAAUUGGUCUAUAUUUUUGCUUCGAAGAUCCACUGAUACUUUCAAGACAAUAAGCAUAACUUGCACCUGGAGGAUAAUACAACAGUUAUGCUUCAACGUGCCACAGCUUUUACUAAGCUUUGGCUGAAGUGAGGGCUUGAGUGGAUCACGGCAACUUGACAAGAAGGGUUGCGUGUAUAGAAGUUGAAGGGGCUAAUAAGUUUCCUAGAAGUACAUAGUGAUGUGGAAACUCUCAUUCUUGUUAAACAAAAAAAAAAGACGCAUUCUUGAAAUAAAGGAUGCAUACGUGUAUUAUUAUUUUAUAAUUACUGGAAUAAAUAUAUAAAUUCUUAGUUCUAUAA